UUCAGUCUACAAAACAAUUCAACUUCCAACCGAAGAGAAGGAAAAUGUCGGCGCAAAUUGUAAUAUUUAUCCUGGCCAUGAUGGUUUGCAGUAUUGGAUUGAUCAGCGCAAGGUCUCUUGAGAAUCACGACCAGUCUAAAAAGGCAGUGCGUUCAUCCGACAACAAAGACCAUGUAAAAUUUGGUUGGCGUUUAUUGUUUGGAGACCAAUCUGAAGAAGCAUCUCAUUCAUUUGAUGACAAAUAUCAAGAAAAUUUUUCCUUGCAAUGGAUUGUUCCUAUAGUGAAAGCUAUUAAAGGAUUAGGUGACCAACCUGAAGAAGCAUCUCAUUCAUUCGAUGACAAAGAUCACGAAAAAUUUCCUUUGCAAUGGAUUGUUCCUAUAGUGAAAGCAAUUAAAGGAUUAAGUAAUUGUAACCACUAUUCAAUGAAAUGCUUGAUAAAAACAAUUUUACAUAUCCUUUUUUUUUUUAAAAAACUACAAAAUUUGAUUAGACAGUCAACAACAUUAUUGAAAAUUUUACAGUUUGACGAAAAUAUUCAAAAUAAUUGAAAGUGUCUCAUUCUUCAUGUUUUAUUGGUCGAAUGAUCAGAUUGCAUUACUUUUACAUAGAGCAUAUUUUAAAUGUUAUGUUGAUGUAAUUUCUAAUUUCUGAAUUGAAUCUAAAACGCUGGAUCAAAACAAAUGCG